AUGAAGCUCUUCUUGCUGUUCCUCUGCCGGCUGGCCCUCACCAGCUGUAACCUGCUUCAGUUCGGUGCAAUGAUUAAGCACAAGACCGGGAAAUCGCCACUGUCCUACAACGGUUACGGCUGCUACUGCGGCUUGGGGGGAUCCAAACAGCCAGUGGAUGCGACCGACUGGUGCUGCCAUGCCCACGACUGCUGCUACAAGAAGCUGUCUUCCUCGAGCUGCAGCCCCAAACUGGUCACGUAUAAAUACUCUACCCAGGGCAGCCAGAUCAUCUGCGGAUCCGGGACUUAGUGCGAAACACGGAGCUGCGAGUGCGACAGGAAGGCGGCGGAGUGCUUCCAGAGGACGGCCAAGACCUACAGCAACUCUUACAAAAACUACCUCAACUUUCUGUGCCGGGGCUCAACUCCCACCUGCUAG